GUUUCAGAUAAAAGCAGAAUAAUGGACAUUUGAAUAAUGGGACUUUUACUGUUUCGUGUGUGUCUAGUCAUUAACGCAUUUAACAUCGCAACAGAAAAUCCGGUUACAGCAAAACCUUAUCGAUUUCCUGUUUAUCCUGUUAACGAAUGUCCUAGAAGCAAAGAUGAGUUUGAAACAGCAGCACAAAGAAGAAAUUGCACAAAAGGGUUACGAUAUCUGUGUGCCCCCAAUAAAUACCUAUCAUCUCUAAUAGAAUUUUGCACAGACCGACACAAAGGUCUUUAUCAAGAAGGUAACUGUGUAAUACUGGAAGGUACAGGUGACCUGGACCAUUACAGCUGUGUGGACAAAUUCAAUAGUACCUGUCCUUUGGAAUUUUAUAAUGACGAAGAGAUCUACAAAUAUCCAGCGUGCCUAGAAAUUGAUAGGGAGCUCCGGUGUUUUGCUGCUGAUAACGGUUGCAAAAAAAGAAUCAAAUCUCAACAUUUCCAAAAUGGAAACUGUCGGGAGUGAAACUUUUAGAGGAGCUUCUCGUGGAUGGCUUGCAAUUAGUUACAUAAUUGCAACUGCUGCAGUUUUAGCGGUGAUAAUACUAAGCUGGAUCAUUUUUCAAAAAAGAAAAAGGGGUAAUUAUAACAGAUAUAAUCCACACACUAAUAUAACUUUUUU